AACAUGAAAUUGAAAUUAUGUGACAGAAAAAAAUUAUAUUCAAAAUUUAGUAAAAAUAUAGUUAUCUGUAUCACGUGUAUAUAGACUUUAGUACUGUCAGUAAAAAAUGUGUAGUUAUACAAUCACGUAAGUCAUGUUUUUAUUGAGACCAAUGAAAUUUAACGCAAUAGAUAUAUGUACUAUGAAAAUUUAUUGAAAUAAAAUGAAUAUAUUAUGUUUACGAUAGGGCAUUUAUUAUCUCUUUCGUCCCUGGAUUUCCAAUAACAUGACGCAUGGUCACGUGACAAGCACGCAAAGACCAAAGGUGUUUCAGGCUAUCACAAAGUUCAACCGUUCAGCGUUGGUCAGUUCGUUUCGGAACGUCGAUGAUGUAGAUUGGGUGCGUCAUAACCUCGUAUAUAUACUCUGAGACAAAAGUUCUCCGUGAGAGAAUUUUCGAUUGAAACAUGAGCCGCGUGGACCUGAAAGUUGUGUUAUUGGGUAACGCGAUGGUGGGAAAGACAAGUCUGAUGGAACGAUAUGUACACGACUCGUUUAAUUGCAACAGGCCCUAUCAGAACACAAUAGGCACUGUGUUUGCGGCGAAGCGAGUACAAGUGAAUGAUGUGACGCUUAUUAUGGGCAUAUGGGAUACUGCAGGCAGUGAAAAGUACGACGCAAUGACAAGAACGUAUUAUCGUGGUGCCAAGGCUGCUAUAGUAUGUUAUGAUAUUACAAAAUCGAGCACAUUCCAAAGAGCAAAACACUGGGUGAGAGAACUUAGAAGCAUCGAAGAAAAUUGUAAAGUAUAUCUUUGCGCUACCAAGAAGGAUUUGUGCGACGAAAGCUUCGUGUCUGACGAUCCAGAUAUGCAGAAUGUUGUGGAAAGAUAUGCGAGCGGUACACAGACUAAACUUUUCGUAACAUCCAGCAAGACGGGGGAGAACGUAGUCGAAUUGUUUGACGAAAUUAUACAAGAUUUUGUUUCCAAUCCAGAAAAUUUGCAAAAGGUAGAAGAAGCAAUUAUUUUAAGUAGAAAAUCUGAGAAAAGGUAUUGCUGUACCAUCUAACGAAAUCAGUAUCGAUACUCAAUCCAUCCUUUUAUAUUCUCUCUUUUUUGUAUUGGAUAAUUUAUCUCAGAUAAUUACGAUAAUCGUAAUACGUAAUGCAAUAGAUUUUAAUAUUAACGACCAAUGUGAUAUUGUUUUGCUCAGUAAUAACUGGGAAAAGCUUAGAAGUGUGUGUAUGCAAUGUUAUUAGCAUAGCACGAUAUAGCUUCGCAUUGGAUUAGAUUUUUCAGCAGACAGUAAAUUUCUAGAAAACAUGAAAUAAUUUUUGUAUAAUUGAUAUUAUUACGCAAUAUACAAUUGAAAAAUAUUCUUAUAAAUGGCCCUGGAUUAUUUAAAGUUAGCUUCUUAUAUUAGCAAGUGAUAAGAUUUGAUUUUGAUUAUUUAUAAUCAUAUUUAUAUUAUUGCAAUUGUGAUAAAAUUCAAGAGAUAAUAUCAUGUGAUAAUAUCCUUGAAUGUAUGUGCCUUUCAAAUUUUCUCGUAUCAAAUCUCAAAGCAGACUUUGUACUUAUUAUAUAGAAACUUAAAAUCAUUUUAUUUUUCUUAGAACCUCUGGAUAGAUUAGAAAUUGGUAAUUUUUUUUAAAUCUUGUUACAGAAAAUAUCAAUAGAAAUCAGAUAUUAAUAAACAAAAAAAUUUUUUAUUUUAACCAAUUUUAUUAAUUUAUAAUUAUUUGUUUGAACUGAUCACAGCAGGACUUUGUUAAAUAAGAGAGUUAAUAUAUCAAAUAAUUUAAAUUAAUUUUUUACAAUUUGUUGCUCUAUUAAUGACUAUUGUGAAAAGUAUGAUAUACAAAAUUCUCUGGCUUGUUCAUAAACGCCAAAGAAUAUGAAUCCGCCUAUAGUAAAGCCAGUUACUCUCGGAAGAAAACCAGCGAACAAUCUGAAAAUAUCACUCUGUUGAAAUAUCAAGAAUUUAGAAAAAUAUAUAUUUUGCAUUCCUCACCCU